AUGUUGGAACUAAUAACCUAUCUUUUUGUAUUCGCGUAUUCCGCCAAGAAGUUUAAUGCAACAACAGUUGAUUUUGUUAGCAUCAGUAACUAUUCAGACCUUUUCGAAGCCAUGAGACAACUUCAUAAUUCAACUAACUUAACUAGGGAUGGUUUUAUUAUAGUCAAAAAUUCUUCAUCAUACGAUAAUUCACAGUCAUCACGUAAAACUGUUGAUUGUAUUGUUCAGCAUCCCAUGCAAUUUUUUGAUUCCCGAUUUGUUACUGGAGCAAAUGAUACUGAUUCAUGGAUUACAUUAGAUUUUUUGACAUCUAAAGUAACUCUACGUCACUAUACUAUUUAUUAUGCAAAGCAAAGAAGAUUCAUGGUUGAUUAUGUUUUAUACGGAGAAGAAGCUAGUUCUUGGAAAAUAAUAGAUAGACGAGUUGUUAAGCCAGGCGACUUUGAAACAAUUAACACACCCAAGGGAGAAAUAUGGGCGUAUUCCUACAAUGUUACAACCCCGCUUAGAAACUACUCAAGAUUAAUGCUUAAAGAUAUUGGGGAUAAUGUUGACCAAAUGGAAAAUAUGUCAGCCCCAAUAAGCCAUGAUACGAAAAAGGCUACUACUUUAGCAAAACUUCUCUUCUAUGGUACGAUUUAUCCUGAAACAGUGAGGUUCUCUCCAAUAAAAUUGAAGAGAAAAGAGCAAAUGAUGUUCAAUUUCGCUAUGUUCUCUAGUCUAUAA